AAAGGGGUCGAGAUUAUCCGUCAUCAUCGUGUACACCCGUCAGAUCAUCACUCACAUUCAUUAGGAGAAACCAAAACAAAAUGUCUUAAAGAGCAAAUAUUAUUAAAAUCGAAUGAUUAUUAACAUUCAGAUAAACUAGUUAUUUAAAGGAAACGUAAUAAAAUUAUAAAAAAAUCAAAGAUUUUUCUAAAUUAUUGGAUGAGUUGUUUAAUGAAAUUUCUGUUGGUCUUAAUAAGUGACAAAUUGGAAAGAUAGGAGAGAGUAUCUAACAUAAUAAUAGAAAAAUAAAGUAGUUUUGGUGUUUUCCAUAACAAAAUUAUUAAAUUAGAUGGAAAAUUAAAGAGAAAAAUGGCAUUAACCCAAAUGAAUUUCAGCUGUUCAAGAGCAUUAGAUUUAUUGAAAAUCUCAUCAAAUUCUAAUUGAAUGCUGUAAUCAUGAUGAAAAAAUUGAAAUAAGAAAAUUUUCAUUAGCAUAAAAAAUUGUUUUUCAAAUUCAUAUGGUAAAAUAUAUGAUUUGACCACAUUUGAAACAGCAUGUAAUUAAAAAAAUCAAAAAUGACUAUCAUUAUAAAAUAGACUCUAGUGAAUAAGAAAUUGGAGUAGCAAGUUUUAAAAAUGAAUAUUAUGAGAAGACUUUUGGUUGGACACUCUCGUGGUGCUGCAAUGGGUGAAGAUCCUCCUCCAAAUACUCAACAUACAGCAUUAGGUUUGAUGCAUCUUCAUAAAUUAUUUGUAGAAUUAGCCCAUCCUCCACAUCCUCUUAAUCAACAAGAACAAGAGCAACGUCUUUAUAAUAUGUUACCAUUAUUUUGCAAAGUAUUUGGUAAUUGUCCUGCAAGUGAUCUAAUGGAAAAAUUCAAUGAUACCUUAACAUUCUGUCAACUAGUCUCAAGAUUAAUGGUUUCUGAAAUAAGACGACGUGCUUCAAAUCAGAGUACAGAAGCGGCAAGUUGUGCAAUUGCAAAAUUUUUGGAAAUAGAAAGUACAGAAGAGCAGAGCAAUGGAUGGAUGUUAUUGACUACUAUCAAUCUACUAGCUGCUGGUGAUAGCUCAUUGGUAGAAGUUAUGACAUCUGCCUCAUUACCUUCAACACUAGUCAAGUGCCUGUAUUUAUUUUUUGAUUUACCAGAAUUAGAAAAUGCUGAUGAUCUUGCUCCAGAUUGUGAAUUUACUCCUAAAGAGAGACGUAUUUUAUUACAAAAAGUAUUUGUUCAGGUAUUGGUUCGUCUCUGCAGUCAUUCAUGUCCUGCUGAGGAAUUAGCUCGUAAAGAUGAUUUAACUUUGUUGUUCAGUGCUAUAACUAGUUGGUGUCCGAGUCAUAAUACUGUAUGGAGAAAAAGUGCUGCAGAAGUUUUGAUGACAUUGUCUCGUCAUGGUCUCACCCAACCAGUUGUGAGCUACAUACACAAUAAAGAAUGUGUUUCAUUAUGUGUGGAGAAUAUGCAGAGAGUUCAAGAAUUAUCUCCUUUAGAAAUUGUGGAAAUGUUUGUUACAGUCUUCUGUUUUUUGAAAGAUUCAAGUGAAGUUUCACAAUCUCUAUUGGAUGAUUUUCGUUCUUGCCAAGGAUAUAUUUUUCUUUCAGAAUUUCUUUUGAGAAUGGAGCAAGAUACAUCACAAGAGGCUUGUGAAGCAUUAAGAAAUUUAGUCCUUUUAAUAGCUUCACUUACAAUUUGUGGAUUUAUAGAAUUAAAACCAAGCCAAGCUAGUACUGGAUCUCUCUUCCAAAUUCCUGGAUUUCAGUUGCCUCAACCAUCAGGAGCAAGUGUAAGAAAUAUUCAAGCAUUUCAAGUAUUACAGUCAGUUUUUUUAAAAACUCAAACAACAUAUUUAUCUGGUUUACUCUUGGAUGCUAUCAGUACUGUUUAUCAUUCAGAUAAAGCAAAUUAUUUUAUUUUAGAACCUCAACAUACACUUUCUCAGUUUGCAGAAAAGAUUCAUCAUAAACCUACAGAAAUUCAGGAAAAAUUUUUCAAAUUACUUGAAUUUAUUGUAUUUGAUUUAAAAUUUGUACCGUGCAAAGAACUAAUAACUUUAAGUAUUUUAUUAAAGACGCAAAGUUCAAUCUCUUGCAGUAUAAUAUGUUUGCGUACUCUUUUAAAUAUAUUGCAUUAUAAUGCAGUUUUUAAAGAUGUUUAUAGAGAAGUUGGUCUUUUAGAAGUAUUAGUAACUUGUUUACAUCGAUAUGCUGCUUUAUUAAAAGAAGCUUAUCCUGAAGGAACAGGAGAACAACCAGGUAAUAUAGCAAUUGCAGAAGAGCAACAAACACUUGGUUUUCUUGUGAUGGAGGCAUUAACUGCUCUUCUAAAUGGAAAUUCAAAAAAUGCUAGUGUCUUCAGAGAAUGUGGUGGUGCACGUUGUUCCCACAAUCUUGUUCCUUAUCAUGUUUGUAGACAACCAGCUCUUGGAAUUGUACAGCAAUUAGUAUUGAGUAAUGGUGGAGAUGACGAUAUGGGAACAUUGUUAGGUUUAAUGCAUACAGCUCCUGUUUUAGCUUUGGAUCUCAAAACUCACAUACUCAAGUCAUUGUUAUAUGUAUUAAGAGAAAGUCAUCGCACAAGAACUGUUUUUCGUAAAGUUGGAGGAUUUGUAUACAUCAUGUCAGUUUUAGUAUCAAUGGAAGGAUGUUUAUCUAAUCCAGCUAAACCUCCUUGGAAUUCAGUGGAUAAGAAGCAGAUUAUAUCUUUGCUUCGAACUGUUUUUAGUACAUUAACAAUGGCAAUGAGAUUUGAACCAGCUAAUGCAAGAUUUUUUGCAUCAGAGAUUUGUCAUACGAGUUUGACUGAUACAGUUCGUCUUCUAGGCUGUUUCAGUAAUAACAUAGAUGUGGGACCAGUUGAUUUUGCUUUUGUUCCAACUGAAGAUCAUGCAUUCCAUACUGUGUUCACAUGUUUGAAAGAUUCUAGAUCAGAUGUAGAGCACAUUCCAUCAUUACUUUUAUCAACGUGUUCAGUAUUACGUCUUUUGUAUGAUAUGGCAUUGGAUAUAUUUGAUAAGCCAAAUGUAAUGUCAAAGAUGAUUCCACAACCUUUGCGCAGAGUUCAUUCUGAUUCUGGUGCAACUGGAAUAUUUAAGGAUUCUUCACCUAGCAAAUGGCCAGCUGUUGCAUCUUUAAAUUUUGCACCUCCUACCCCAGAUCCUAUGAUAGUUCAUCCUGGUGUUAUAGUAUCCAUGCUACAUCUUUUACCUUCUAUUGAAUAUUCAGAGCAACCACAACUUGCGGUCACCUUACAACUUUAUUUAGCUGAAGUAUUACGAUCUUUAGUACGUUCUGAACGGAACCAACAAGUUAUGUGUGAAGCUGGAUUACCUGGAGAGUUAUUAAGUAGAUGUUCUAUUGCUUUAGAAGAUGAAUGCCAUCCUCUUCAUCCACCAUUGCAGUAUAUUUUGGAACGUCUUGCUGCACAGUCAUUGGAGCCUAGAGAUCUAAGGUGUUUUUUAAGAUUAGGAUUACCCUUAUGCUGUACUCCAUUUGAUCAAAUUGGUACUGAAGUACCAAAAACUCCUGGAAAAAUAGAAGGUCGACCUGCCAAUCAAAGAGAUGGUGGUCCAGUACCACUCACUCGAGUAAAAACAUUAGUUUCCAUGACAACGCCAAGAGAUUGUCGACUUCAUGGAACGGCCAUAAUGCCUCCCUUUGUUGAGUUUGAUAUGAGUUUUGAAGGAUUUAGUUGUCUCUAUCUUCCAAGUAUUGCUCCACAAAGUUUAUCUGCUUCUACUGUGGUUGGUGUUGGAAUGGUAGGAAUGGGCAAUGAUGCAUCAGUCAUUGGUGGUAUUGGAACAGGUGAUCGUGUAUUUCCUCCUCAGCCUGGAUUAUCCUAUUCUACUUGGUUAUGUGUAGAAAAAUUUAGUGAUCCUCACACUGAUCCUCAUUCAGUUGGUUUAAUUACUCUUGUCCGAAAUGUUCAAGGUCGAGAUGAUCAUCUCAUAUGUUUCACCCUACAGUUGUCUUGUCGAGAUAGAGCUGUACUUAUUUCUACACAGGAAACACCAUUAUCUGCAAACAUAGAUUGGGAGCCAGAAGUUAAGGAUGAAUGUUGUGUUAGAAUAUGGUGUCCAGAAUUACUUCAGGAAGGUCAGUGGCAUCAUGUGGUUGUGGUUUUGAAUCGUGCUGUUUUGAAAAACAGCUCAGUUUCUCUCUAUGUUGAUGGACAACAUGUCAACACUCAAAAACUACACUACAUUUCACAAAAUCCUGGUGGUGGGGCAGCUAAUUUAACAGUUGCUACAUCUGUAUAUGGUUUUAUUGGGACUCCUCCACAGUUUAGAGGGCAAUCUCGACUCGUUUGGAAGCAAGGACCAUGCCAUUUAAUAGAAGAUGUAUUAACACCCCAGUCAAUAUAUAUGUUGUUUCAACUUGGUCCCAGAUAUACUGGAAGUGUUCAAGCCCCAAUUAUCUCUGGAAAUGAAGCUCUUUCCUCAAUUGUACCAGAAGAAAAAGUUGUGUUUGGAUUGAAUGCAGCUGCAGUUUCAGUUAUGACUUUGGCUAAAAUUCGACGAGUAUAUAGCAAAACUGAUUGCAGAUCCAUUGCUAAAAUGUUAGGAAUGUCAUCACAUGAAAAUGCUACUCCCAUAAGAAUUCUACACAACUCAGCAGGACAUUUAAGUGGUCCAGCACGUAGUUUGGGUGGAGUUCUUGUUGGUUAUUUAGGUGCUAGAACAUUUGUUCCACAUCCAGUUGCAUUAAUUGUUGAAAAUAUUGGAGGAACAGCCACUUUGCUUGGACUUGUAGCAAUGGCAAAAGAUGUUGAAGGAUUGUAUGCAGCUGUAAAAGCAUUGGUUUGUGUUGUAAGAAGUAAUCGCUCUGCUCAACAAGAAAUGGACAGGAUGCGAAGAUAUCAAAGUUUAGCAAUGCUUUUGAAAAAGAAACAAAACUUACUGAACAGUCAUAUUUUGCAUCUUAUAUUUUCUUUGGUGGGAACAGUAGACAGUGGAAGAGAAACAACCAUUAUUCCUAAUCCAACAGCAUUUCAAGAUAUAUUAUGUGAUUUGGAGGUAUGGCAAGAUGUUCCUGGAGAUUUACAAAGAACUUUAUAUGAGCAUUUUUAUGAAUUAGUAGCUGAAUCAAGUGAGAAAAAAUACAAUUUGAAAAUUUUAAGAGAAUUAGAGAUGGUAUCCAGACUGUUACAAAUUUUAAAAAGAACUAAUCUAACAUCUGUUACUGCUCGUGUUAUAUGUAAUUUAUUAUGCGUGUUGUUACGGAAUACAACAAAUAGCAAAGAUAUUUUAUGUUUUGGACAGUUUACUGCAGCUACACUUCCUACUCUAGCUGCAAGUGAGAAGCAUAUUGUAUUAAAUGAGUCUGCUAUAGUACAGUGUUUAGAAGAAAGUACAGAUAAUUCUGAAGAUAAUAUGGUAAAUGUUCAUAAAAUUUGGCUUAGGAAUUGCUGUUUAACACUGUUGCGUUCACUUCUUGUUAAUGAAGAUGAAAGUAUAAAUCAGUUGUUUGCAGAAGAAAUUGUAAAAGUAUUAGGAUUUGAUUGGUUACUAUUAUUUCUACAAGGUCAUCUUCAUCCAAGUACCACAAUAUUAUCUUUCCAAAUACUUUCAUUAUUGCUCAGCCAUCAGUCAUUAUUGCAGAAAUUUCGUGAAGCAACAUCUAAUGGAGGUUGGUUAACAGAAACUGAAGCAGUAACUCAGAAUCGUGUGGGAGUAGUUUUAGGUUUCAAUAUGAGUUCUGCUAAUAAUAAAAAUAUAAUUAAUAACAGAGAAAUACAUUCAGAAGCAUGCCAGGUACCAGGUUUUCAGCAUUUACAGUUUUUGAUUGUACAUCAUGUUCACAUUAUUGAAGUCUAUUUUUUACUGCUGUCCAUAUUAUUGGGAAUUCCACCUCCCAGGAUACCUAAUAAUCCUAAGUUAUCAUUAGAUUCUAUUUGGUCUUAUCUGUUUGGAGGCCCUACAGGUCAAGUAACAAAUGCAACAACUGCAAUAAAAGGAGAACUGUGUCCUGAGGCUGCUGUAGUUUUGUUAUCAAUGGUGCGCACAUUAUUAAAUCAGGUAAACACAAACAAAACCGAGCCUUCACCUUUACAAGACUAUCCAGUGACACUACUUCAAUUUUUAAUGUAUCUGUAUCAUAAUCGACCAGAUUUUAUGCUGAUUUGUAUGUCUUCAGAUAUUUUGAGUGCCCUUGGUUCUACAUUAUUUCCAGUUUUUUUAUCUCAUUCCGAGCAUAAUAGUGAAGUUAAUUCACCAGUAGAAGAUGUACAGUCAUUAUCUGAAGAUGAUAGUUUAAUAUUUAUAAAGUCACCAGAACAUCCUGUAACUAGUAAAGGUAGCAGUCUAACAUCUCAUCCAGGCCGAAAAUUUGUCAUGGAUUUUUUACGUGUUAUUAUUGUUGAUAGUUUAUCAUUACCUGUUACAACAAAACAGGCACCAGUUAUUGAUAUGUUAUUAGAGGCUGCUCCUUCUCAUUCUUCUCAUGUACAGCAAUGCGAAUUUCAAACUGAAGUGUUAUCAUCCUUAAUGGAACAUUUAUUAGCUGCAGACGUGUUGUUGGGAGAACAAGCUGCUCUUCCUAUUGCAACUGGAGGAAGCUAUUCUUAUAUUACUCCAAAUGUUUUCUAUUUUACAAGUUGUUUAGUUGAUAAACUUUGGCAAGGUAAUUAA